AUGGAGGGCAAGCGUUGUCCAGACACCAAAUUCUACCACGAGGGCUUCUUUUGGAGGUGCUCCUUCGGGGGAAACCUGGACGACCACACCCUCUUGAAGUUCUGGAUCACCAAUCAGCCACAUGCCAAAGUUUGCACACACGCCUACCUCUUCCCAUUUCCAGUGUCUCAACAGACUCCCAAUGCCACUACAUAUGACUCUGCAAUCAACUACAGAGGCUUCUGGAGUAUCUUCAUGAUAAUUGGUGUGACUGCAGUUGUAAUGGGCAGGUUUUUUAUCAUCUGUGCUGCCUCAUUCGCCAGUCACCGUCUAUAUAAGGCUGGGGGCGGCCUCUUCCUGAUGUCCUGUGAGUCAUUGGCCGAUAACAUCAUACAUUUCAGGAUGUUGGUGAUUUGCUUAUGCAGGCUGUCUGCAGUCACAUGUCACAUGUCAGAUGUUGCCGUAGCAGCGAGUAGGAAAUGA